UGCUUCAUCUCUCCAUCGCUCACUGCUCGUAAAAUGGAACAGUUCAAACAAGCAUCAUCCAUAGACGAAGUUAUCGACCUCUUGAAGGGUCCCCUGUCGUCCGUCACCAUCGAUAACGAUGCCGUAUUCGAGUGGAUGAGAGAAAUCUGCAGCAAAGCUGAGACAACGACUGAUUUGAAUGUGAGAAUGGCAUUACUGAGAUUUACAGUUGCUUGUAUAUUGCCUUGUCUCAGCCAGCAGCCACGCUGGACUCAAUCGGAUGAGUGGAAAACGCUCGGUUCAACGUGCGCUGAGACGUACAGAUUGAUGGAAGAAAAAGUUUUAGUUACACAGAGAAAAACUAUGGAAGAGCUACGCCACGUUAUCGAAAUGCAACUAGAGUGCCUUGAUUUUCAAACUAGUUUUCUCGAGCGAACUCGAAAUGAAAGCAAAGAGUCGAGACUCGACUCUCCUCACGGCACUGUGAUUUCAAUCUGUCUCGACAUGAUUGCCCGGAUGUUCCAACAUUGUCAGGCCAGUGAGACUUUCUACGGCGAGAAUUUCUCUCAGAUGGCGGACAUUCUCGCCUCUUCUUUUAGAAAGUCGUUUGCUCUUCUCAAGCACUGCUUUACGUUUUUGAAUGGAGUCGAAGAAUGCCACAAUGUGCAGGUGGCCGCAUCGAUUGCAAAGCAGCUGACCGACAUCGGCAUAAUCAGCACAAGCUUUGAUGCUGUUUGCGUUCAAACAUGCUGGAAGGCAUCCGUCUGUUUCAUAGUUAAAUUCAGGGAUUCUGUCGAUCGUGAGGCAUCCGUUGGAUCAUUGACAUCGGCCUUGGUGUUGUGGUUUACAAAGUGUGUGAGUGUCGCACCGCUAGAGACACCAAACCCGAUUCAAAGUCAUCAGGAAACGAGGCAGUUUGCGAAGUCGGUGAAAGCGCUUCGAUUCAUGUUUAGCCUCGUGCUCAAGUUAAGCCACGAACUCCCGGACGCCGUGCACAAGAGCGUCCGACAGUUAUUUGAUCUCGCACUCGAGGUGGAGACGUGUGGCCUCCCGUCGUUGUGUCCACCUACUCUGGCUGUUACGGCCAGAGAAGAGUUGGAAACCAAUAUCGUCCCCGUCAUCGAGCCGCUGACCGGUCUACUGACAUCUCACGUGGCUAUUGUUGGCAUUCUAGCGAGCCAAUCAGAUCUACGUGAAAAUCGACAUUUUGGGUAUCUUCGCUUUCUUCUCAGAGUGAUCAGUCUGUUUCCGGGUUUGCCUCGUGGCAUGCAGGACGCUUUAAUGGACAGACGGUCGAGUGUGCAGGAAGACAGCGAUUCGUGUGUUUUGUUGGACGCUCUCUUCUUCGCCGUCACCGAAUGUUACAUGGAGCUCGGUCUCCCUGUCAAGAUCAAAGCAUCAUUGAUUAGAACAAAGCCAUUGCAAGAUGUUGGUUUGUACGAGUUUGUGUGUAGCCAUUUGUGUAGCUUUGUGGCUCAGUUGUCAGCCAAGUAUUUCCCAUCUUUGGAGCGUUGUCUUUUCCGACGUCUACUCAGUGAGUAUCCACACUGUGUGACUCUCGCAAUAGACACGUGGUGUUUUCUUGCUCGUUGGGGCAGUGCCGAACUGUGUCGUGACCAUGUUGUCGCUUUGGGUCGUCUUCUUGUUGCUCUUCCUGUACAUCUUCAUCUUACUUCGUAUUGGCACGUCUGUCUACUCUUCCGGCGUCUCGUUCCUCUGCUGGCCGUCCAACACCAACUACUCGUGUUAGAGCAGUUUGAUCCAUCUGUUGAUAUCAAUGCUCUUAAAGUCUGGAAAGAGAUUCCAUUGGAACGGCUGUCUAGAGAAGUGGUGGACAAGAUGUUGCAUCAUCUUCCUCUCAUCUGCAGUCAGGAAUUAAGCCGAGAAAAUCUAUCUAUUGCUUAUUGUUCAUUUUGGUUUGUGUCACGUGUUGUGUCGCUACCAUGUCAACAGUUAUCUUUGGUUCGAACGCAUUUGGUGGCAUUUAUAGAGCCUGUGGUGUCUCUACUACAGACGUCCAUUGCCAAAGAGUAUAUCGAUCCUGUUAUUCCAGCUCUGGAUUUCCUAGCCGCCGUGUUGUCAUUGGUCAACCCCUAUGUAUGUCUCGAGAUCAUUGACUGUUGUCAGCACAUUGCAUCGUUUGCAUCUCCACCUACGGACUGCCUUGUCGCCGUCUGUCACUUCCUUACAUCAUUGGGUAAAGUCACAUUUCCACCAUCUCACUCUCGUGCAUCUUUGCAUGCCAUCUCUCAACUCUUUCAGAAACUUCUUGUAUCCAACGACUGGCUGGUAGUCCACCACUCACUGGUUGCCUUCCAAUCGUUUGCAGAACACACACCUCACUCUGAAGCGAUUUCCAGCUGUGUGCCCAAACAUUUGAAAACUACAGUAGCCAAUUUCGUGCAAGGACUAGUAGCAGCCAAUGCUCAAUCGGAUCAUAAUAUCGAAGCAACAGUCACAAGACUCAGAAAGGGUUUGGAAGAGUUCCGAACACAUGCUGAUGCUGAUGUUGAUGACGACACCAAAGAAAUACAUGUCGAGCAGUCUGUCAAUUUUGAAAUCAACGCAUCACCCAUUCCAUGUACACAUACAUCUCAAGAUCUCCUUGUCAGUAUUGAACCGGUGGAAAAGAAAAGGAAAGUUGAUCAUUCGUCUCAUACUUUGUAUCGUGAAGUCGUGGAUUCAAUCGUCGUCGGUAUUGGAAGACUCGAGGAGCUGCUCGACAAGGACAAGGACGGUGAGCACUUACCUCCACUCUGGCUCCCAUCAGAGUUAGUGGCGAUGAGGGACGAGCUAAGAAAACUAGUGAAACAAGCGAAUAGUUGUAGCUAGCAUGGAGUGUUUAUGGUGUCUUGUUGUGUUAUAUGUGAUCUUGCAUGUUUUAGUAUUUCUUUGUUUUAUGAAGUUUAGAUACUUACAGUUAACGACUUGAACGUAUCAGUACAUGAUAUCAAUUUCCUCCUAUGCCAUUGGAAACUAGCCUCGACACUAGCCUUUCUUUUGCUUUCGGUGGUCCUUCUAUCCGAGGAUAGCAAGGGGGUUAGUUCACAUGACCUUGGUCACGGUCAUCUGAUGGAGCACUGAUAGCAGUCUGUCUGUCUACAUGUCUGUCU